GCCACGUACAGGUCGAGUCACUUCCGGAUGUGUAGUGCUGUACGGAGCUAGUUCACUGGAGACUGGUUCUGCCAAAAUACUGUAUACCGCUGCGGGAUCUACAGCCUAAACGCCAGUAUGAAUGGCCAGCUAGACCUGAGUGGGAAGCUGAUCAUCAAGGCUCAGCUGGGCGAUGACAUCCGCCGUAUCCCCAUCCACAAUGAAGACAUCACUUACGAUGAGCUCCUGCUCAUGAUGCAGCGCGUUUUCCGCGGCCAGCUCCAGAGCAGCGACGAAGUCACCAUCAAAUACAAGGACGAAGACGAUGACCUUAUCACUAUCUUUGACAGCUCCGAUCUGUCCUUUGCCAUCCAGUGCAGCAGAAUAUUAAAGCUCACACUGUUCGUGAAUGGGCAGCCACGACCACUGGAGUCAUCUCAGGUUAAGCACCUGCGCAAGGAACUGAUCCAGCUGAGAAACAAAAUCAACAGCUUGCUGGACAGCCUGGAGCCACCGUCAGAGCAUGCACUGGAGAACAGCAACCCUGAGACCGAAUGUGUGGAAACUGUAGACACAGCAGCGAAGCAGGCUCCUCCGGUCAGUGCUGCUAGCAUGUCUGCCUUUGACCCUCUGAAGAACCAAGAAGAGGUCAGCAAGAACGUCAUCUCAGCGUUUGGAUUGUCUGAAGAGGCUGCUCCAGUCCCAGUCCCAGUCCCAGCAAUAGCUGCAGUGGAAGAGCGCUCUGGUACUCCUGACAGUAUUAACUCAUCCUCCUCUGCAGCUCAUCCUCCUGCUGGAGCUCCUCAGGGUGCCCCACCUUACGCAGGGGUACAGCAGUCUCCUGCCACCACAAUAGAUGGUCAGAUGUAUCAGCAGUAUCAAGCUCCAGGUGGAUAUCCUCCUCAGCAGCCAGCCGCUCCUCAGCAGCAGUAUGGCAUGCAGUAUCCUGCAGGUUAUACUACUCAGCCUGGUGGACCUCAAGCCCCUCCACCUCAGCAACAGUUCCAGAAUUACCCCACCCCUACAUCUCAGGCUGCUGCUCCUGGCUCCGCCCCUGGAUUUAGUGCCCAGGCACAGGCCCCGCCACCUCCCCAACCCCAGCCCCAGCCCCAGGGUGCAGGCCAGUACCCGCCACCUCAGUUUCCCGCUCAGCCCUACACCUCCCAGGCCUCCCAGCAGCCAGCCAACUAUAGCCUUCCACCCGCCUCUCAGCAGGCCCCAGGGUAUCAGUCUCGUCCUGGGUAUACCCCGCCCCCAGGUGUGACCCCUCCCCCAGGGGGUUCCAAUCCCUAUGCCCGCAACCGCCCCCCUUACGGCCAGGGCUACACCCAGCCUGGCCCCGGCUACCGGUAAAAUCCAGCUUUAGCACUAGAGCAGAACGGAUCAGACCCUGACGACCCGCGUUAAUGUUGUGUGUAAAGAUGCGUGAGUGAAUGAGAGAAAUUGAAGCUGUGAGUGGUUGCACAGAUGAGACCAAACGGUGUAGGAGUUGAGAGCUGUGUGAGAGAGUCUUAUUGGGGUGAGAACAACAUGUGCAUGUGUGUUUUGUUGUGUUUUGGCGUGAGUAUGAGUUUUAUUUUAACACUUGUCUACUCGUUGGUGUUAUCGUGUGUUAAAUCAUGCGUCAGCUUUCUGUUGAAACACUAGAUAUAAUCACAGCUGAUGGAAAUUACAUUGUUUAAUUCUCUUAAACCCCCCCCCCCCCCCUCCCCAUUCUCUCCUUUUCAUCAUUCCCUCUCUCCUGGUUUUUACUAAUAACUGACUGGCCCUCUGCAGUGGCCCAAGUCAUUCUGUAUAAACUUGUAACAUUUGUUUUCUGGAGGUGAAUAAAGACUUUAAAACUAAAAA